CAGAGGAUGCAGGAAUGGGAGAAAGUGAAGCGGAUAGGUGACAUCAUGCUACGGUUCGCGCCCUUCCUGAAGAUGUACACAGAGUACGUGAACAACUACGAGAUGGCGCAGAAACUCAUCAACAUAUGGCUCGUCAAGUCCAACAGGUUCCGAGCCAUCGUCGACGAACUGUCGAAACUUCCUGAAUGUGAUAACAUGUUGAUACUGAACCACAUGCUGGUGCCAGUGCAACGCGUGCCCAGAUAUGAGCUGCUACUGAAAGAGUAUCUGAAAAGGCUGCCAGGUGACUCGGCGGAUAGAGCAGAUGCAGAAAAGGCGCUGAGCUGUGUAUCAGCAGCAGCACAUCACAUCAACAAUGCCAUGAGGAAGAUCCACAAGUUCAAGAAGCUGCUUGAGAUCAGAGACCUGCUAGGUGGUGCUGUAGACCUGGUCAGCCCCAGUAGAGAGUUCAUCAAGGAAGGACGCCUCGUCAAGAUAUCAGCACGCAGCGGUGACCACCAGGAGCGCUACCUGUUCUUGUUCUCGGACAUGGCUCUGCUCUGCAGUGAACUGUCCGUGUCGCGGCGUGGAGCCAAGUACAAGGUGCGAGCUCGCCUGCAGGUAGAUCAGCUGCAGUGCUUGGAGGGAGACAACCUGGAGAUUGAGAACACUCUCUACAUAAAGACACACGUUAGAGCGAUAGAGCUCUACACACGCACACCGUUUGAGAAGAUGCAGUGGAUGGAAUCCCUCCUCAAGGUCAUUCAGGACUACGAAGCGAAAUGCAACUCUGUGCGCAUUAGCGAGGAACUGUUGAAGAUCGAAGAUAAAGAGCUGGGUCGUUGCGCUCCGACCUUCGCCAAGGGCGCCGCUGUGCCCGUCUGCAUGAACUGCAAGGCGGCCUUUGGUCUGCUUAGGAAGAGGAAACAUUGCAAGGCCUGCGGAGCGGUCGUUUGUGCCAAGUGCAUCCAUGGUAAGAUGGCGCUACCUUACGAUCAGCACAAACUGAACAAGGUGUGUCGUAAGUGUUACCAGACGAUGCAGCGUAUAACACAGGAGAAGGAGCGCAAGAUGAAAGGCGACGCGCCCAUAGCACGACCGGAGAGAUUAAACGUCCCCAAGGUGAGGCAGCCGGACAGUGAACCUCGUGCAUAG